GACGACUAUAAAGCAGAAGACGAACGAAAGUUGAAGGAGAUCUGAAAAAGCAGCCCAAAUCUUCUUCAGUUAAAAAAUAAAAGAAAAAAGAGAGACGAAAGACAUGAACGAAGAGCAGAAGAAAAGAUGGAACGAAAGGUGUGAAGAGCUGGAGGAGAAAAACAAAGAGCUGAAGAAAGUUAUAGCAGAGAAGAAUGAAGAGUUGGACAAGGUAAAGAAGGAGAUGAACGAACAGUUGGAAGAGGAACGUUUCGAGUCAGCCUGGUUAAAGGAUGGGAUCUCGGCCCUCUUCGAAAAAGCGCGUCAUGAGAAUCAAGAAGCACGCAGGGAAUUGAUUCAGGAAAUGAGAAAAUUAUCGGGCGAGCGAUCCACGAUCAGAGUCAAGUGCAUGGGAGAACUUGAUAAAAAGCCCUUUAUUGAAGCUUGCAAGGUGAGAUUCACCGGCGAGGAAGCUGCAAAGCAGCAUGCUAUGCUUCGCUCUACAUGGCUGCAAAACCUCAAGGAUCCUGCAUGGCACCCAUUCAAACACGUGGGGACUGGAGAUAAUGUCAAGGAAGUGGUGGAUGAAGAGGAUGAGAAAAUUAAGAAAUUGAAACAAGAGUGGGGUGAAGAAGUGAAGAACGCAGUCAAGAAGGCACUGGAGGAAAUCAACGAGUAUAACGCAAGUGGCCGGUACGUAGUUCCGGAACUCUGGAAUUUUAGGGAAGAGAGAAAAGCCACUCUCAAAGAAGGGAUUGCUCAAAUGAAGACACUGCUCAUCAAAACUCACAAACGCAAGGCACACCCAUAAGUGCUUGCUUGGGAUGAUCUUUAACUUACUCCCUCAACCUCUUUCGUAUUGCUUCUCGUUUUGCAUCUAUAAACUAAGCUAUCAAAACUCGUGGAGAGUUUCUCUCUUUGACAUUUAUAUGG